AUGGCUAUGACCAAUGCUGAAAGAAUGAAAAAAUAUCGAGAAAAAAUUAAAAAGGAUAAAGUUAAAUACGAGGCAAUGAAGGCAAAAGCUCGUGCUCGUAAUAAUUCAAUAAGAACGGUAUUAAGAGGAGCAAGUUUGGCUAAAUUUCGUGCUGAAAACAAAAUGCGUCAAAAAAAAUUUCGAGAAAAUAAAAAACAAAGUUUAAUUGAUAAACCUUUUCCGAGUUCUUUCAAGAGCCGGCAAUCAUUUGGUAAGGCUUUAAAAAAAGUAAAUUCAUCGCUUCCUAAAUGCGGCUUAAAGAAAAAAGUUAUCAUUCAACAUAUUGCUCAAAGUGUUGGUUUAGUUCGUAAAUCUACACAUAAACGUACUACACAGCAACUUGCCGAUAAAUUAAAAAAUGACGUACAUAAUUUCUACUUGCGAGAUGAUGUUUCAUAUCAAUUGCCAGGUAAAAGAGAUACAGUUGUUGUUAAAGAGGAUGAUGGAAGUAAAGUACCCAUGUCGCAAAUACCGAAUCACUUUUAG